AUGGUUGAUGAACCUGUUAUAACUCCCUCAGCUGCCAGGGCAAAAAGAGCAUAUAUAAUUCGCUAUGCUGGUAUGAUUAUUAUUGGUAUUUUAAGUAAUUUACCAUAUUGGGUAGCUUAUUCAAAUUCACAAGUUGUUACAACUCAUUUUGACAAAGAAGGACACAUUGGCGCCGUUUCUUGGGCAAUUGUAUUUCUUUCCGUAUAUGCUACACUAUUCAACGCAUUCCUCACGAGUAAAAACGUAUCUUAUACUUUUAGAACUAUCCUCAAUGGAUCUUUCAUGAUUAUUGGAUUAAUUGGUGCAGCAUUUGCUCCUAAUUUCUGGGUUGCAAUUUGUUUUAUUGCAUUCGCCGGUGUAUCAUCAGAUUUUGGAGAAGCUGUAAUGCUUGGUUACGCAGCCUCAUUUAAUGAUCAAUCAUUAUUGAAUGCAUGGGGUAUUGGAUGUGGUUUCUCUGGCUUAAUUGGUGGAAUUUAUUCUUUAAUCUGCCAAAAGUUUACCAUCUCUUACUUCUGGACAUUCAUUUCAGUUUCACCAAUUGGAGUUAUAUUCCCAGUCAUAUUUGUUACAAUGCUUAAGAUGCCGAAAGAGCAAUCACUUUUGAAUUCAAAGGAGAUUGCAAGUAUUGAAAGUAUGCCAAGCUAUGAACAUAUAGAAGAAGAUGUACCAUUCUGCUCAUGCUCUAAUUGGAAGAAAUCUUUCCGUUUUAUCAUUAAUAAUAUUGUUAUGUUUUCUUUCCAAUAUGUAGCUCUUGAAGGCUUAACAGACUGCUCAAUGACAAAGCAGGAAAAGAUUAACGAACCAUAUAUUUUUGGAUACUACUCCCUUUCAUAUGAAUUUGGCCAAUUCAUUGCAAAGUUUUUGACCAAAUGGUUAACAUUAGAUAAGUUAGAAAUAGCUAUUGUUCUUGGAGCGAUUGAUUUUGCAAUUAUGCUGGCAGAGGCAAUCACUCACUUCUUCCCCCACAUCUAUCUUUGCAUUCCUCUCUUUUUCAUUGGAGUUCUCGGAUCAAUAUCAUACAUGUCAAUAUUUGACGUUAUCAUGCGUGUUCCGAACACAACUUAUAAGGAGAGAGAAAUUAUUACCAAUUAUACAUCUGUUUUCAUUGGUGGCUCAAUCCAGAUAGCAUCAUUAAUUAUUCUUGUCAUGCAAAACACUUUCUUGAAGAAGCAAUGCAUCAAAUAG